ACUCCGAAAUCGGCCCCGAUAUCCCGGAACCGCAUCCGAUUCGCGUAAACACGCUUACCGACUCGGCUAACAGUUACCUGUGGUAGCCCCUGUAUCAACCCUGGUAUUCGGGCAAUGAGUCAUUCCAAUUGCUCUUACAGUGCUUGCCGUCGUGUUUUAUCAAUUGUUUGCGGGUCCUUAUAAAGGACGCUGCUGUAAAGGAGUGCUGAUAUGAAAAAGCUGCCAUCCUCUUAUUCUGCCACCCGUCAUUCAAACCAUAGGACUCCUCUCUCUUCUCUACUCAAUGCUAUUCAAGUUUCGACGCCAGUGGGAGACACCCUGGGAGGUGGUUGAUAGCAAGGCUGUGAAGCCAGUUUACAUGUAUUAUGAUGAUGAAGAUUCCCUUGAUAUCGUUGCCGUUAGUGACGUAGACACGCGGGGAACAUAUCUUUUCGACGUUAACCACCUGACCUGUGUCGCCCUCCGAAAUGCGGUAACGUUUUCACGACAACAACUUAUCCAGGAAGUUGCUAAGAAGGACUUUAACGUCCUUCUUUUGGAGAGCUGGAGGUUGACUAUAUUUCGGAGAGGAAAGAGUCAUCGAAUCGAGAUCAUGUACAGCGGAAGGCCCGCCCAAGUGUUGGGAAAGCUACCACAUUUACCACCGCCCCCAUUCAUAGACGUAUUACACGAAUUUGUGUGCUAAGGUCGCGUGUUUCAGUGUGUAUUCAUUCGGGCUAGGGCUGUAGACGCCUUUUGUGCGAGCUGUCCGUGUUGCUGUAUUUUUACCAUGAUAUUUAUUGUAUUAAUAUUAUUCGGCUGUACAAUGUCGUAUGCCAGGGAGGACACCAACAGCUUCUUGACAACUGGUAAUUGCUC